AGGUGCGCGGGUGCACGCUGGCCAGUGGACGUGCCCAUUUCCAGCUAGAGGAAGAGUCGCUCCUCGCCAGCCCCCCACCGACCCCGCCCGAAACGAGUGUAGGAGCCUCUCCUCGGGGAACUGAUCGACCAGUUUGCUUAUCAGAGCAAUUGCUUCCCUCUGUUAACAUGGAUAAUUAAGAACUGACUGUGUAGUUCUUGAUAAGGCAGAGAAUAAGAAACAAGGCCGUUUGGAAAAUGUGAACAGGAAAUAGUUAAACACAAGCACAGAAUGCUGUUGCAAUGAGGAAGAGCCUUGCCUCAUGCCUCGGCCCCAUGUACCAAGCGUGGACGACCAGCAGAAUUUUCCGCUGUUUCCUGAAAUAAGCCCAAGAACACUCUGACUCCCAGCAUCUCCCAGCACUUACAGGGGCCUAUUCAGAUGAGGAGCCCUAAAGCUGACCCGAAGCUUCAUGAGCUGCUUCACCUUUAUGGUAAAAAGGUUUACACAAUGAAAGAACACAUCACAUGUCAGAAGUUUUACGGAUUGAUUCUCAUGUUGAGCGGUACCUUUCUCUCAGAUGCACUUUCACUGAAAGGAAAAAGACUGGAUUUUUAUGGAAGAGCUGACGCGUACGUGAGCCUGACCAACACGGUUCCUGAACUCAGUCGAUUCACAGCAUGCAUUGACCUGGUAUUCGUGGAUGACAAAUCAAGCGAUUGGAUGGCCUUCUCCUACAUUACUAAUAACACCUUCCUGGGCAGAGAAGACAUAGACCUUGGACUUGCAGGAGACCAUCAGCAGCUAAUACUGUCCAACUUGGGGAGGACUUUUUAUAUCCGUUACCAACUGCCUCCGUUUCAGUGGCAUACAAUCUGCUUGAUAUGGGAUGGUGUCAAGGGCAGAUUAGAGCUCUUCCUGAACACAGAAAGGAUACUGGUAGUGAUGGACCAACCACAAAGCCUGACACCUAAUGGGACUCUGAUUCUAGGACAUUUUCUCAAGAACUGGGACAGCCAGGUUAAAAGCCCACUGCCUGGCUUCGCUGGCAGCUUGUACUACUUUCAACUCUGGGACCACGUCCUGGAAAAUGAGGACUUUAUGAAGUGUUUGGGUGGAAACGUAGUUAGUUGGGAAGAAGAUGUUUGGCUCAUCAACAAGAUCAUCCCAACUGUUGACAUGAGACUGCGCUGCUGUGAGUAACUUCUGAAUUGUCCUCCUAGGCAAGGGUUGUGCUGAUGCAGUCGUCUGCUUGCUGCUCUGGAUGACCCACUCUUGGCCAAGGCUCUGUUUUCUUCAGAGGGGCCCACGGUUGCCACCAUUUUGUCAUCUUUUUUUUUUUUUUUAAUGUAGGACAAAUACUAUUUUCUUUCCUUUUUUGUGUGUGUUUUAUUUUGAUAUGAUUUCAAGCUUGCAGAAAAAUUACAACAGGACAGAGAACUUCAAUAUGUUCUUUACCCACAUUCACUGUUAUAUUUUCCCCAUGUUUUAUUCUUCUUUUUCCUUCUCUUUCUUCCUCCAUUCACACACACACACACACACACACACACACACACACACGCACGCACACACGCACACACACUGUUUCUUAAUCAUUUGAGAGUAAGUUGCGGACAUAAUGCCUCAUUACCCCUAAAUGUCUCAAAAUAUCUCAGUGUGUACUUCUUUAGAAUGAGGACAUUCUCUUUGUGGAACACCGAUACAGCACGAAUAUCUAAUUCAUACUCCAUAUUCAAAUUUAACCAAUUAUCCUACUAAUUUCUCUUAUAGCUAUUUUUUGCUUGGUCCAGGAUCCAAUUCAAGAUCAUGCAUUGCAGUUAGUUACCACGUCUCGUUAGAUGAAUCUGGAACAGAUCCUUAGUCCUUUCCUGUCUUUCAUGAUGCCAAUUUUUCCCAUUACUGGCGAUGAUCAUUUGAUUCUGACAAUGAUUCUAGAUUUCUCCACUGGGCAGUUCCUAUUUUCCCCCUUGUAAUUAACUAAUUUCCGGGGGGAAUAUCUGGAGGCUAUGUAAACAUCCCAUUAUUAUCAAACUUUCACCCAGUAGUUUUACAUCUAUUGAUGAUUCUUGCCUCAGUGACUUGGUUGCAAAGUGAUGAUUUUUAAAACUCCAUUGUUUUUCAGCAUGUAUUAGUUCGUAUUUUAUUGUAAGGGAGAGUGUUUUCUUCUUCCACAUUUACUUAUAUAUUCCUUCCGUUGUUUAUGUGUUUAUACCAACACGAACUCAUGGAUUCUUCCCUUAUUCGAUGGGUUACAAUCUGUUGCUAUCAUCUAUUUUGAUGUUCAAAUUGGCCCUCUUUUGGCCAGUGGGAGUCCUUCCAUCUGGCUCUUGUGUCCUUUUGACAUGUUCCCAGCUUUUUUUUUUUUUUUUUUUUUUUGAGUAUUUCCUUAGUUUCAGCACAACAGGAUGUUAUAGGCUCAUCUUGUACUUUUUCUGCUAAGCUCAAGAAUCAGCCAUUUUACCAAGGAGUCCUGGGUCCUUUUUAGCAAGCAAUGGGAUUUAUAAACCAAUUCAUUUUUCUCUUGUGAGCAAUGAUGAUGUUAGAGAACUGUUUGGGAUGGAGUUCUUGUAAGAAAACUGGCUUUUUGGAAUGACGCAUGUUAUUUUUCUCCUUCUUUCCAAUUUCAAUGAGAAAAUAUAGGGUUGCUUUUCUCUGUACAACCCCAUUCUCCCCUCAAAUCCAAUCUUUUCCACCCUCAGCAGUAGCAGGUCCUGAGUGUGGGUAAAGUCAGUGAUAACAACAUCCAGAUGGGAUUUUUUUUUUCCUCAUUUCCUGAAAUGUUCACUCAUUUUUAGGUUUUAUUGACGAUUCUUAUGGAUUUGGGGGAGAGGUAUCAAGGGAACGAGGGCUAGACCCAUGCUUAAUAGGCUCUCACAGAUUAUAUAGAUAUGUUUUCACCAGUGGUCUGGGUACUGUUUGAAUUAAUGGCAGAGGCGCAUUCCAGAGGGUUUCUGUGUUUCUUGGAGAUCAGACUAAAGCAAAGGAACAGGAAUGCUAUUCCUUUGGGUGACUACCUGAAGGCAUUUGGUUUUUCUCUUUUCUGAAGCCUUGGAAAUAAAAGAGAAUAGUCCUAGCUGGCUCUGAUUACAAAAAGGAGCUAAGGACUAGCAGGUUAAGCCUGAACAGCUCACCCAAAGCAGUUUAAAGUAACUUUAUCUUUGAUCUAAAGAACCGGAAGUAUGGCUCUAUUAAAUCCGUAUGCUCAGGAGUGGUUUUUGAAAACCUAAUCUGGCUAGUGAAUUGCCAUGACCUUUUCUACCACUUUGCUGGUAAAUUGCUAAAUCUAACUGAUGCGUUAAAGUGCUAGACAACCCCCAUUUACUUUGCUCUGUUGUACACUCUUUAAUGUACAAUCUAUCUUCUUGGUCUGAUUGAGUCCCGAUAGGCAUAAUACACAAAUAAUCCAACACAACAAAAAGGAAAAGAAGACACAAUCUGAAAUGACAACCAGCAAAAGGAGUAGAAAAGAUUAUUUCUACUAUUCAGGUUUCUUCAAAUAUUCUUUCUAAACCUUAGACCAGGGGUCCAGAGGUCCAGAAUGGCCUCGAUGGGUGGGCAAAGCCCUUGAAACUGCAUGCAACAUACUAAAAAUGCAAGAUGGAUUCUUUUUUCCUGAGGACGAAGUCUAUAGUUUCCAUCAUAUUCAAAAGUAUUUUGAUAAAUUGCUACAUUUUACAAAGUUCUUUCCCUGUACCAGGCAUGUUACAGAUGAGGAAAGAGAGGCUCAAAGAGGUUAAGUAAGUUGCUUGAUGUCACCAAUUAAAUUAGCGGAGCUGAGAUGUGAGCAAAGAUUUGUCCUGUUGCAAAGCUCGUGUUCUUUCACCCCCGCACCGUGCAGGCCUAUGUCUAGGGGUCUGUGGCCCCCAAAAGAUUAUGACCACUGUUUUACAAGCUUCUUUUGAAGGGAUUUGCUGGUGCUAAUAACCCACCUGGGGCAAUUCGGCUACUGGCGGCAGCUCACCACAGAAGGAGCUGUAACACCACAGAAUUUCUACCUCCGUCCUGGCCACAUGACAUAUGGGGAAAAGGGGGCAAUUACAUGAAUAAAUAGGAGUGAUUACAACAUGCCUAGCUUCAGCUUUUGCCUAAUAAACUGGUAUUUAUGGUCCAUAGAAGGAUGAUGACCUUUAACAAAUAAAUUUUAAUGAGCACAUUGCUAGGUUACAAAUCUCAAUAAAUCUAUUGACACAUAAAUUAUAUAUGUAUAUAUUUAUAUAUUCAUGAGAACAAGGCUUUUGGGGAACAUUUCCUGAAAACCACGAACCCUACCUGGACUUAAUAAGCAAGUAUUCACUAUAGUUGGAGAUGUCUCUGGAAUAUUUAGACAACACAGUGAUAAAUAAUAACAACAGCAAGUUGCCAGUCAUUAGUAACUUAAUUUUGGAGUUGUUUUUAAGCAUCUUUUCUUCGGUUUUAGAAAUUACAAAUGCAGGUGGUGCCUGGCUGGCUCAGUUGGUAGAGCAUGUGACUCUUGAUCUCAGGGUUGUGAGUUCAAUCCCCACGUUGGGCA